UGUAAUCAUUGUGGUGCUGCGACGAAAAAUAAGAUUAAAUAUAUGAUUUGAAAAAAGUUGUUUAUAAUGUCAAAUCGAACAAACAAUUGGAUAUGUUAACUAUGGGUGUGUUACUCCGUUUAUUACUUUUCGACAUUUCUUCGAAACUGUUACAUCAGAUAUACUUUACAUCUGGAUUAACCUUGGCUGAAGACAUAUCCGGAGUGACAGCUUGUACAUUCUACAGAGAAGCAUUUGGAUCAGAACGGUCGCGAUCUUUUGAACUCAUCUCGCUACCGUUUACGUUGACGUGCCCAAGCGACAUAGAUGUUUUAGCCGAUCCUGUCCAGAUAUAUCGUCGGGUAUAUUGGCCAGAACCGACGGCAAAAGAUGAGUACGGGAACGUUGUCAGUGUUCGGCAAAUAAAGGGGAAGGCGUCAGGUAAAUCAUUCACUGAAAAUGAUGACCAAGUUGUCUUCGAAGCCAAGGACAAACAUGGAAGUCGAAAAACAUGUACGAUGAACGUACGCGUUAAGGUUGUCCGGUGUAAACAGCCAACCCCUAUAUCCAAUGGAUACUUCAUAUGCCACCCCAGCACGGAUUUUAUCCGAGGAGGUCAGUGUGAUUAUGGAUGUUAUUAUGGUUUCGAUCUCGUCGGUGAACGUCGGCGAACAUGUAUGGACAACGGUGAAUGGUCUUCUCCAGACCCUAAGUGUUCGCCCUGGAUGUGUCCAGUUCUGCCAGCGAUUGAGGGGGCUGGUGAGCCCAGUUGUACAAAAGAGCAGUCGUUCCGGAGUAUUUGCACAUAUAAAUGCAGUAAGCCUGGAUAUGACAUGCCAUCUGGAGUUGGUAGUACUUAUGUGUGUUCUGUCCACAAGAACUGGGAGCAUACAGGAAAUCCAAAAUGCAUUGACGUCGAAGCCCCUGUGUUUGACACUUGUCCAAGUACUGUGAUUGCAGGGACAGACAAUAACUCCAAUGUAAGUAGUGUAACAUGGAAAAACCCUGAGGCAUCUGACAACAGUGGUGAAUCUGUAAACGUGGCUCUGAAGAGUAAGCAUGGACAUGAUCGCCGCAUUCCCGCUGGGCAAUACGAGAUAUCAUACAGCGCUACUGACCAGAGUGGUAAUACCGGAACUGACUGCGCAUUUGAUGUUGUUGUGAGAGACAUGAAAUGCGCAAGGAUAUACCCGACGCCAUUCCUGCGUGCAUCGUGUCCACAGGGCGUUCGAACAGGCGCAACAUGUGACAUAUCAUGUGAUCCAGGGACGGAACUAGUUGGCAACUAUACAGUGUCAUGUAACAAGAGCGCAUUAGGACUGUACGGAGCAUGGGCCUGGUUCAACAAUACGCAGUACUUUUGCAACUUCACACUUGGAUGUCCUGAUAUUGAGCCACCAAAGAAGGGGGCUAUUGUUUGUGCCAACUGGAUGGGUGGAAGGAUCUGCCAAGUGAUAUGUAUGGCAAACACAUACAUGCCCGGUGUGGACCUUAGCCAGUUAUAUUUCUGUGACGGAAAUCGACACCAAUGGACGCCUUCGCCUGCACUCAAGCCUUGCCAAGACAUAUCAGCCCACGGUAAACAAAGGCGAAGCGCUGGUGUUUAUUUUAAGUCAACAUACUUUGGCAACUGUGAAGAUAAGAGUGUUAAGACGAAGAUCGGGGCCAUUUUUAACGUUUUACUUAUUAAAAACAAUCUUUAUACACCACGUCAACCUGAAAGUGAAGAUGAGCGUCCUAGAGCGGAGGUAUUUUGUGGGGAAGAAAGUCGACGUAAGCGGUCAUCAGAUCUGACGCAAGACAACGUACUGGAACAUAAAUCAAAUGUAACAAUUCGCUUCCAUCUAUUUUUUGAUUCAUCAACUCAAGACACAUUAUCAGAGAUUGCUAACCAGUACCUACGUUCACUCGAGAAGGUUAGGGAUAUUGUUGUCUCACACCAGCAAGAAGUAUUCGGAAAUAAUACAAUCACUGAAAUUGCCGUUUACGGCAAGGGUCUAGAAACAAUUUGUGAUGCGGGAAGUAUACUUACGAGCGACUUACUCAGAUGUGUCAGUUGCCCUUCGGGAACAUAUUAUGACAGUGGCACGCUGAACCGUAAACCGGAUUGUGUUCUGUGUGGAAAAAGUUUCUUUCAAGAUGAAACCGGCCAAUCCACGUGCAAACGAUGUCCUGAAGGAACAACAACUGUAUAUUUAGGGGCUGAAUACCUAUUUGAAUGUGAAGUUGCAUGUGGACCGGGUUUGUAUUCCUUUAACGGCAUCCCUCCCUGCUCGCCCUGUGAGGUGGGAUUUUAUCAACCAUCAUUUGGACAGACGUUUUGUAUGCGAUGUCCGCAUGCAAAAACAACGCACACGUUUGGGCAGACAAGUGUUUCAACUUCGUGGUGUAUAACAUGCGAUGUGUUAUUGUUGUAUGAUUCAGAAUUUGAUAUAAGAUUCACAGAAGGCAAUGAAACAAGCAUCGUUCUGACAUUGAAUGAAAACACAAUCGUAGAAGACUUGACAUUAAGCUUUUGGCUGACAAGUUCUUGUACAGAAAAUGAUUUAUUAACGAUACAACUUGCAAAUGAAGAUGAUAUUGAACACUUUUCCCUCAAUAUGUGUGGCGAGUUUAACAGUACAACGAAUUGUAACGACGAACUUUUCCUUGACGAAAAAUGGCACUUCGUCGUGUUUCAAGUAGAGAACUGUUCAGCUGUUACAUUCGUGGACGGUAUAAACAUAACGACAACAAUUAAUUCCGGACCAUGCCGACAAUGGAACAUAACACAUAUGCGUGUUUCCAAACAAUGUCGUGGCGAAAUAUCGUUGUCUCAAUUACACGUUUGGAGAGGAAUCAAAGAUAAAUCACAGAGUCGCCGUUGCUUCGGCUCGGAACAAGGAGAUCUCGUAGGAUGGCAAGAGUUCGAUGAUUCUGUACUUAAUAGAGCAUUCCUUGAAAUCCCAAGCCAAUGUGAUGAUUAUGAUGAAUGUUUGUCAAGGCCAUGUUUGCACGGCCGCUGCAAUGAUAAACUCGACGGCUUUUCGUGUACAUGUGAUAAAGGCUUCAAAGGUCAGCAAUGUGAUGUCAACAUUGACGACUGUAUGAAACAUGUUUGCGUAAAUGGUGCAACUUGUGUAGAUGGUAUUGGUGAUUAUACCUGCACGUGUGUUAAUAAUUUCACUGGUCGAUUAUGCGAAAUACAAAUGGUUAAUGGCAAAUGGACCGAAUGGGGUAAUUGGUCGGAAUGCUCUACAAGUUGCGGAGAAGGCCAGGUGAUAAGAACACGCCUCUGUAAUAAUCCAACCCCUGAUAACGGAGGAAAAUAUUGCAUUGGAUCGGACAUUGAUACACGACCUUGCCAUUUAAGCGUCUGCGCAGUGUGUCCCAAGUUUGUUGCUCCAACGAACGCGUCUGCUGACUGCAUUAAUAAGUCUGACGAAAUCAACUGCACUAUCUUCUGUGACAAAGGAUUCGAGUUUGAUAUUGAGUCGUUGCCAGAAUACUUUUGUGGACCUGACACAGGUCAUGUGUGGAACUUUGAGACUGACGCUAAUCCAAACAGAAGGCUGCCAAAAUGCAAAGAAAUUUUGCCACCAAAGGAAAUACAAAUAUCCUAUUCGGCAAACUACGUAGAUUUAACAUGUUCAUCUGACUUGUAUGUAUCUGUCUUGCGCAAAAUAAUCCUUGACCGAAUUGCGUCGGUUCUUGAACGCAUUCCAUGCAUGUCGACUCUUGUCUGUACUGCGUUUGAUAGCAGUACCACGUCUUGCCCAAACAGAAGCACGCGUUCAAUAGACAAUGUAGGUAUUCAGAUGACAUUUGGAAGCAUUAUUAAAAACGUCAGCCUGCAACGCACUGUUUUGGACAUUGAUGAAGGUUAUGAACUAAUAAAGAAAUCAUUGGAAUCAGGGGAGUUUACAAUCAAUAUGCACAAACACUCGUACGUGAUUGACUUGAAUACAACCAGUCUCAGCGGUGUGAUUGUUUGUCCAGUUGGACACACGCGUGUUGGGUUGAAUUGUGUCCCUUGUGGAAGUGGCUCUUAUCUGAAUGUCGAUUACUGCGAGCGAUGUCCUGUCGGGCAGUACCAGGACCAGGAUGGUCAGUUGACAUGCGUCCAGUGUCCGGAUAGGACAUCGACGUUAGGUGAAGGGUCAGAUACCCCAUCGGACUGCUCUGUCCUCUUGCUGAAACCAGCUUCAAACGUCACUGCUGCAGGACUUGCAGUUGGCAUAGGAGCUUCUGUCGUGUUUGUUUUUGUGUUUCUAUUCGUGCGAUACAGGAAUAGGCGUCAACACACCCGGUUCAAUCCAUGGAAAGGCAAAGCUAGAUCGGAGAUCGUAAUGAACGAAGUAGCCGGAUCUUCUGGGUAUUCGGCGGAGAUCAGCAGUUGCCACGUGGCAACAGGAGGUUCCCUUAGGACGUUCAAGGGAAUUGUUGCUCUACCCGGGACUUGUAGUGUUACGCCGUGCGAUGGUUCAUUGGAAGUGUUCAAAAUCACUUAUCAGUGAAGAACUGUUUUUACUAUGUUUGUCUUUUUGGUAUUUCUUGUAGAUUAUUUUUAUUAAAAGUUUGUAACUGUAUUUAAUCUAAACGCUUAUUAGUAAUGAUUGUUUAAAACUGUGUUGUAUUCAUAAUUUGUUUUUCGUAUACACAUACUCAUACGAAUUUAGGUUAUUGUGGCAUAUAUGUAUGCAUUUCUAAUUCGGGAAUUGUAUGUUCUCCAUUUGUAGAUAAUUUGUCAUAAAUUAAUUUGUAAAAUAAAUAUUACCACCGAAAUGCGAAAACCGCUAUUGAGAUGCGUGUUGCAGCUGCAAUUCCCAGCGGGGGUACGCUUUUCUGUUAUAUGUUUUCCAAUUUCUUUUUUUAGUUGUUAUUCUUCAGACUUUAUGUUCGCAAUAAGGUUUAAUAUGUAUUAUUUCGAUUGAGUUAACAUUUUUAGCAAUGAAUGUAUCCGAAAGGAAAAUAUAUACACAGCCUGAGGGAUACGCGAAUGAAUGUAAUUGAGCUUAAUACAUAUUUGCGUGUUACCUUUCGAAACUGAAUACACAGUGAUUAUAUUUUAAGGUUAUUAUAGUUGUCAUAAAUGCAAAGUUUGAAUAUGUUUAUUGCUGAUUUUUAAAUAAGUUUGGUCAACAUAGUCCUCCUUGUUAUAAAGUGUGAUACGUGCACUUGGUUUGACUGACCUAAAGUUAAUGGCGACGACCUCAAGUAUGUAUGUGUGUACAUCUCUUACGUUCCCAUGGCAGUUUUUAAAGUUAUUUCUAUGUUUAUUUUUUCUUGUGAAAACGUGUAACAUAAACAAACACAAGUUAGAGUAGUUUGUGUUGAAUAACCUUGAUGCGCUUCAUUAAAGGAAUCUUUUCACGCUUUGGUAAAUUAACAAAAUUUUAAAAAGUUGUUUCAGAUUCGCAAAUUUUCGUUUUAGUUAUGAUAUUUGUGAGGAAACAGUAAUACUGAACAUUUACCAUGGUCUAAUAUAGCCAUUAUAUGCAUCUUUUGACGAUUUUAAAACCUAAAAAUUAUAAAGCGUUGCAACGCGAAACGAUUGAAUAAUUUGGAGCGUUCUGUUUUUGUCGUUAAAUUUUGUGAAACUACGAAGAUUGCUUAUAUAAGGUAUAAAAUACGUUCAGUACGUGAACACGGCGGAAUAGCUCAGUAGGAUAAAGCGUUUUUACUUCAGGACUCUGGCAGGACUCCAGGGGUCACUGGUUCGAAACCUGGUCCGGGCAAUGUUCUUUUCCUUUUUUUAAUUUCAUUCUUGAUUUUUUACUGGAGCUUUUACGAUCCAAUGUUUACAUUUAUCGAUAUAAAUCAUUUAAUGAAUAAGUUAAAAAUGCCAAAAUCUGUGAAAAGGCCCCUUUAAGAUAUAUUACCAAGCAUGGAAGCUAAAAACACAAAUUGCAUUCAGCCUUAGUUAUAAUAAUAAUGUUCACAGUUUUACCAAGACAGGCCACUACAUCGAAUACCGGGACAUAAAAUACGAACAUCUUAAAUGCUUUAUAGUAAAUGUAUACUUGAAAUCUAAAUUCAUAUAAUUGUGAUAUUUAUUUUUCGUUUUUGACGAAAAGAAAGAUAAUAAAGUAUGUAUUGCUUUUCAACCAAUAAAUGAUCAAGUCAUAGUACUGUCGUUUUCCCAUUUGUUUAUAUGUGAUAUUAUAAUAAUUAUGAAUAUCAAAAGCUCUAAUAAAUCGUUCGUUAUU